ACCGAACUGCUGUGUGCAGUGGGUCCCUAAAAAAAGUCCCUGAAGCGUACCAUCGCGUUCCGAAUCUCUUUGAUCAGGGCGAUGAGCGCUGCGGCCUGCAGUAACCUCCGCAGCAUAGCAACCUUGCGCCAGCCCGGGACCCGGAAACGGCGCAAGCAAACCGGCUGAAACGACACAGACAUGCCCCGACCAUAGCUAUGACCCUAGGUUCCGCGCUGCCAUGGAGAGCGUGCUCGCCCCAGGGUCGCAUCCAACAGCGAUUUGCGCUCGCUGCGCCGAGGAACCCGCCCUUUGUCGGCUACGCCGCGCUCGUCGCCCGCGCCCAGUCCACUGCCUCCGACAAGACAAGGCCCGCGAGGCGCCUCCGUCCUCCUACAGAGCCGUCCGCCGAUACCGAUACCGCCUCGGCCCGCCCGCCGCCGUCGCUCGUCGACCGCCUCAGUCGCGUCCCCGUCCGGCCGCACGACCCCUAUGGCUCCGUCGUCGUGAAGCCCGUCACGCAGUACCCCGACAAGCGCGAGAACCGGGAGGCACUGCUGAAGCAUCACCGCGCCUACACGCAGCAGCUCCGGCUCGAGCAACGCCGGCCGCCGGGCCGGGGCGGCGACUGGCGCGCCGUGCUCAACAAGCUCGUAAAAUGGACCCCCCCACACGAACGCCAGGGUCGAAUCAAGGUCGUCAUCCCGAAGCACUCGGUCGCGCUGCUCUUGUCCGAUCACGAGCGGAACCUCUGGAACAUCCGGUCGAGGACGGACUGUGACAUGACGCUGUACCGACCCGCCGACGAGGCGGCCCCCUUCGACCCUUACAUCGUCCUCAGCGGACGGCCGACCGCCAUGACGGCUGCGGUCGACGACAUCUUGAAGGUCAGCAAGGGAGUGACAGUAGUGAACCUGGACGACUUCCUCCAGGCCGGAGUGGAGAGCAGCCAGGCGGGCCAGCCCCCCACCGAAGGGUUGGACGAUUCGGCCUUUACGGCGACCAGAGUGCUUCCCCACCAGAUGUCGGUCCCGUGCCGGCCCUACAGGCUCAACGUGAGGGCGGACCAGAUCCCGCGACCCGGCGAGUGGACAGCCCAGGCGUUUCAGCAGUACGUCGCGGCGCUGAUUAUGGGCAACCUGGACGCGAGCCGCGCGCGGGAGCUGUACCCAGAUGGAGAGACGCACAAGGAAACCGUGGUGCGGCUGCUACACGCGGUCUUCAACGACCCGGCCGCUUCCGCGGCGGUGUCGCUCCCGGCGCUUAAGCUGGCCCUUCGGUACCUCACGGCGGCCGGCGCAACCCAUGUCAAGGACGCCCAGGCGCUCUUCAACCGAGCCGAGGAACUGGGCUUGCGCGUCGACACCGACACUUACAACCUGAUGGCCGAGACGUCGGUCAGGUCCAAGAACCUGCCCGCCUUUGAGAGCACCGUCAGCCAAAUGGUCCGCCACGGGUACAGGCCAAACCUCGGCACAUGGCUCCUCUUUCUUCGCCUCGUCGAGUCCGAGGAGGUCCGGCGGUACAUCCUGCAGGCCAUGGACACCAAGAGCUUCUUCCUCGACCCGACGGUCGUGAACGGGGUGUCGGGGAUCAUGGCUGACCACGACGCCUAUCGCGCGAUCCAGCAGGGCCAGAGUUUCGACGCCUUCAUUGCCGGUCUGCGCGAGCUCUACGGCCCAGAGUGGCGGCUCGGCCUCCGCGCCGCCAACCGAUAUCUCGACGUCUUUGGACAGCAUAGCAAAUUCGGCGAGCUGCGGCAGCUCCUCGAGUACAUGUUUGCGAGCGAGCACAGCAAACCCACCACGAUAUCGCUCAACACAGCCAUCACGCGCUGCAAGCAUCAGAGGAAGGUCGACCUAGCCGUUGACCUCGUUCGCAUGUUCGACGAGCGCGGCCACCACGUGGCCGACCGGACCACGUUUCAUCUCCUCUACGAGCUGGCCCGGAAGACGAGGAAACCCCACCUGCUCGGCGCCGUCUGGCGGUACGCCCACAGGGUCGGCAUGACGAACCACCGCAUGCAGGCGCAUGGCACCAAGGUGCUUGCCGGUGAACGGGAGUCCACGCGCCUCACGGACCGGAUCCGAGGCUUGUGGGAGGAGCCGCGUCGCUGUGCAAUCACCAGACAGGAGUUUAUGGAGAACCUCUUGCUGUGCGACUACAAGGAUAGCCGUCCCGAGCUCAAGAAGCAACCACGAGCGACAAGCGGUCAAAUCGAGGAACCCUGGAAGAUGUCGCCCGGUGUUGUCACCUCUCGGGCUCCCUCGAACGGUGACACCAUACCUCAUGCAAACGUCAGCGCGGUUUCCCCGGAGAACGAACCGCGGGGCUCUUCGCAAACACCUGUUGGGACACAGCCUUCACCUUUCCAGGACAUCCACCACGAGACUGAAAACCCGAGCAGGGCGGCGGCCGGGGCGGAUAUGCCGGCAGAGGGUAUCAAGGACACCCCGCCUAACGCUCGUUCAGACGAUGGUGCUCGGGGGGGAACCGGCCCGCAACAGACGCUGCUGUUGACUGCUGCGGAGAAGUACGAGCUCUACGCCAGAGCCAUGUCCAAGACGGCCCGGCAGUUCGUACCGUCCGUCCGGCUCGGCGACUUUUUGCAGGAGGCGCUGGAUCGCGACAGAAGCUUGCACAGACUGGCGCACAACGAUGAGGCGCGCAACAAGGCAUUGCAGGUUGACUUAGACCCCGUCAGGUUACCCAUAGCGAAACGAAGAGGGCCGAUGUUUGACGAAAAUGGCCUGCUGAGGUGGCUCGCAGAGAAAAGGAAGAAGGAGGAGGAGGAGAAGGAGGAAGAGAUGACUACCGCCGUGUCGCACAAUGAUCACGAGUCCGCGGACCGGGAAAUCAUUGAUGUCCGUUGGACAUAUCAAGAGAACCCUAAAGUGGAUGGGUCUGGAGGAGCAACCUCGGAGAGAGCGAACUGCGAGAGAGCGCCAGACUCAGGGGCCCUAGAGUCCAACCACGGCGCGAAUGACGGAACGACAAUUGAGAGGGUCUUCUGCAGCAUGGUUGAGAGCCCAGACCAUUACGGAGGACAAGGAAUACUUGGGCAGCCUGCUGCUGGCAGGUUUUGAGACCUCAAAAGGAAAGGCAAGUCAGUCCGGAUGUAAGAAAGAGCGAGAAAAAAAAGCUGGCAAGGGAACCAGUUAAAAUACGCUUGUGACUAUAGACCGUGGAAUAACAUUAGAUGGGGCAUGUAUAUCAUCAUAGCAUCCUGAGGCAAUCAACUCAAUUUACUUGGCCAUGACUCCCGUUGCCUUCAAUUGAGCGGUCAUAAUGUCACGCUAGUCUUUUCGAUGAAAGAAC